CAAACUUGUGCAUGUCUUUGCAAAUGCUCUGAAGAAUGUGCACUUCAUAAGGUGUCUGUGAGUGAUGAGUUGUUCCCAGGACUCUGUGCCCCUGGCGCAGCCGGGCACAGCGAGGGUACUGGUGACAGAGCUGAGUGGGUCUGGUCAGAUGAACCCAACCCCUGCUGCUUAUGAGGACUCUGACAUGCAGGUGGAGCUCUACCUCUCUCCAGAAAAGCUGGUGGGGCUCCUAUUGAAAGCCUUGUCGGGAACAGAAGACCUCGGUCGGGUCACCUCCCUGGAAAUGUGUGUGGACACUCAGGAGAGCACUCUGGGCAACUUUGGUGCCUACUUGCCCAAGCUGGUGCAGCUGAAAAUGAACAACAGUAUUAUAAUGUCAGUGAGGGACCUGGGAACCACGCUGUCCCACCUACAGGUGCUGUGGAUGUCUCGCUGCAACCUGGCAGACCUGGAUGGGAUUCCCUCCUUCUCCUCUCUCAAGGAGCUGUAUGUGGCCUACAACAGUGUGUCGGACCUGAGUCAGGUGAGCAUGCUGGAGAAUCUACAGCUGUUGGACCUGGAAGGGAAUGAUGUGAAUGACCUGGUGCAGGUGCAGUACCUGGGCCUCUGCUCCCAGCUCCGCACACUCACCCUGGAGGGAAACCCCGUCUGUAUGUGCCCCCACCCCAAUGCCACACAGGAGGAGGAGGAAGUGUACUGCUACCGGUCGUCGGUGAGGGAGCUGGUCCCACAGCUGCGUUACCUAGACGACAUUUGUGCCGGGGAGGAGGCGGGGCUUGGCUGCAGCAGCUCCAUGGGGGAAGACUGGGCCCUGCUCAGAGAGUCUAUCAAAGACUGCAGCUCUACAGAGACAGCAGAGGAGGAGAGAGCAGCCAGUGUGUGUGCCUACUCCAGACCCAGCUCUGGCCAGCGCCCAGUUAGCAGCCUCUCCAGUUCCCGUCCCGCCAGCCGACCGGUCACUGCCAGGCCCCUCUCAGCAGCCGGCUCCAGACCCCUCUCUGGGUCGCGACCCUUAUCAGCGGCUGGGUCCAGAGUCCUCUCCCCUCCCGGGUCCAGAUCCGGUUCUGCUGAUGCAGAUCCAGCCUCUGUGGACCCAGACGCUAGCGUUCUGACACAUGGUGCAGGGAAGAUAUUGUUCUGUGGGAACCCUGUCCAGGCCCUCAGAGCCAGGCGACAGAAGAUGAGGACUGCAGCCCCCUCCCCUGUGCCCUCUCCUAGCACCCCGCCCCUCCAUGUUCCAGAGCACACCUAUGACCUUGAGGAGCAACAAGGACGCCAUCGCAGUGAUGUGUUCUCUGAGCUCAGGGCCUGGAGGGAACAGCAUAACAAACGUUUAUUAGCCAUGGAAAGGGAUGGGCCUCCGAUACUGACCAUCCUCCAUGCUGAUGAAGAGGAGGACGAUGAAGAUGAUGAAGGAAGUCUCAGCAUUUUCAGUGGCGUGGAGGGAAAUAAAGAGAGUGCUGGUUUGAGUCACUGGUUAAACACUGGCCCGACAGACUCAUCUUUCCAGUCCCCCUCUCCAGAUGUGUUUCAGAGAGAAGCCAAAUCCCCUGAAGUGGCCCGGCUCUCCCUGUCCCCUGACCCCACUCUGUCGCCCUGUCCCCCUCAAAGUGCCACAUCAGCUCCUGGUAGCCGAAGGCUAUCAGUGCUGCGAGCACGCAGACUGAGGCUCAGUGGUGGGGUGGCUGGGGCUGGGGCUGCUGUAAGGCCUGCUGAAGACCACACAGAGUCAGGGACGAACACAGGAGUCCCAGGCUUGGCGAACCAGGGGCUCCAGGAGGCUGUGUGGCCCAAAGUCCCUCCGCUGCCCAAGGCAACUUACCACAUGCCCCACAGGCCAGCCUCCAGCCCACUGGUCAGAGGGCUCAGGUCACCAACAGGCGGAGCUUCUGUGCAGUCUGUUAACGGGCAUCAACCAAUCGUCUUAGGCAGACCACCAGGGAGGCCGGCCAUUAUGCGUCCUCGCACUGCCAGAGCAGCUCUGCAGAAAACGCCACAGUGCCUCACACUCCAGCCCAGCAGGGGGAACUCUCACUUAGACUGAGCCACACACUGUGUGUGUGAUGUAUGGGGCUGUAUGGGGUUGUUUCCUGAGAGGGGAACACUCAAGACAGGAGCUGAGGCAGAGAUGGAACAGAGGCAAAGAUUGAGAUUGUCCUCCAGGUCCCCGCUCUCUUCUGAGCUGAGCUAUCUUGUAAUGUGAAGACUUCCUUAGAGUGCAGUGACAAGUCUCCCUCUAUGUUAUGUUUAGGAAAGAGGACCCUGGGGGCUGGAUUACAUCCAACAGUCGCUUGAAGAAUGGAACAUAAAAGCUGUGGAAUCCAAGUGUGAACUUCCUAUCUCAAUGUUCUGACUUCCUCUGAUGGACAGUUAGAGAAUCCCCUGCAUCCCUCUGCUGUCUCAGCUCAGCAUAGUACAGUACUGACAAUGACUCUGAAACUGAGUUCACAGUGGCUUUACUGAGGACAACGGCUCUAUUUGAAAGGGUUUAUAGUUUGGUCAAAUAUAUAUUUAUUGGAAUGGCCUUUAAAUUGAAUUAGUAUUUUUUUCACAAUGCUGAAUUGUUGUGGGACUGAAGUGUGUUUUUCAGUUUGAAUUACAUUUUGUACUGUUUUUAUUCACUCAAGUACUACCUUAUCCACACCUUAAAUAAAAACAUAGUUUGAUCAA